GGACGGUUAACUCCGUCAAUCAAGUCAUAGUUGGAAAUGGAAUCAUUUCAGUACAGCAGAUUGUAUAGGUCAAGCAGUAAGCGAAAGUGAAUUUAACAUGGCAGGCAGACUUUUACUCCGUACCUGUACAACCUUGCAAUUGACAAGAAACAAUGUAGUUGCAAGAUCACUACCACGCUCUAUGGGGACAUUGAAAGGGGUUCCAACUGAUGAGGAACAGGCCACCGGACUCGAGCGACGUGCCUUGCAAGCUUUAAAGAAAGGACGGGAUCCUUAUAGUAUCCUGAAACCUAAGCAGUAUGCUGGAACAAAAGACGACCCUCACAUUGUCCCAGGCAUUAAUAACAAACGGCUGGUAGGCUGUCUAUGUGAAGAGGACAACACUGCCAUUGUGUGGUUCUGGCUCCAUGAAGGGGAGCCCCAGCGUUGUCCCGAAUGCGGGUCUCACUACCUGUUUGUCCGUCAUGAGCUGCCCGAUUGAAACAGCCUUGAGCUUCAUGCUGACUCAAUAAUUCAUCAUCUACCUUGAACAAUGUGUGCAUUUUCAGUUGAUGAAUUUAUAUCAUUAAAGUUUUGUGAACC